AUGUGGUUCUCACUACCAUAUAUCUUGGCCACUGCUACGGCCGUCUCCCCCCUGCUGUCUCCGGCGACGGCAUUACAAGUAGAGGGUGGUUCGCACAAGCUGAGCUCAUACCUGGUGGCACACCCAGUCGAAACGACGUCUGCCACGGCCGUCCCAGUGCCCAUCAGUGCGAACGCACUCGCUCCGGAACUCAUGACCUCAGCAAUCAGUCACUGCCCAUCAGCAUGCGUGGAAUCCGGCUCGAACCCGGGCAACUGGACUCUGUAUCCCCGGCUGGGUCGGCUGUCAAUGUGCAACCAGACCAUGCUGCUUGACUUUUCGCUCUUCACUUCCCUGCGCAAGGAUGAGACUCUUCGCGCCUGCACUGCCGGUUCCACCGUGGCGCUAGGCACAAGCAGGCUCGGCGACACCACUAACGACGCAUCUUGCCUGCCCAGCGACAGCAUGACCCAGGUCCAGGAGUCGCUUCAGCUCUCUUUCAACAAGACCGGCACCCCAGCCACACUGGGAGACUUCGAGGCCGCGUCUCGCCAACUCGCCGCCGCGGUGUCCCAACGAGACACCUCGAAGUGCACCGACACGGCCGUCUUCGCAUACUCCAACUCCGUCGCUGUCGGCCUCUUCGCCGGUCCCGGAGUCGGCAGCAUCUCGGCCUUUGUACUGCAGCAGUUCACCGCGAAGAUCAACAGCACCGGGUUCUCGGACAGCGUUGUGGCGCAGCUGUGUGCCAGUGGCGGCCGGAGCUCGAAGUACAGCUUUGGUAUUGUCGCAAGCGGGGAUCGCGACGUGCGCUUUGUCCAGGACGCUGUGGCCGCCUGGGCGUCGGGCGAAUGCGUCACUUCCUACGACGAAGCGGAAGAUUGGCUAGACAUCCCAUUGUCGGUGCCGAGUCUGGUUGUCGCCGGCGAUACCUGCGAAUCGUUAGCAGCCGAGUGCGGCGUCUCCCCCCACGACUUCACCGUCUACAACCCCGCCAGCACCCUCUGCUCCACCCUCAUGGUAGGCCAGCACGUCUGCUGCUCUGCCGGCACGUUGCCCGACUUCCGCCCGCAGCCGAACCCCGACGGAACCUGCGCGGCGCACUACGUGCAGCCCGGCGAGAACUGCGCGGCCCUCGGCGCAGCGAACAGCCUUACGAACGCCGAGAUCGAAAGCUUCAAUAAAGAUACGUGGAGCUGGGAGGGCUGCGUGAAUCUGCAGGCGUUUCAGUAUAUCUGCCUGAGCAGGGGUGCGCCGCCCAUGCCGGCGCCAAUUGCGAAUGCCGUCUGCGGACCGCAGAAGCCAGGCACGCAGCAGCCAGGACCGGGCACGAGUCUGGCCAGCUUGAAUCCUUGCCCGCUCAAUGCGUGCUGUAACAAGCACGGCCAGUGCGGUAUCAACCGCGACUUCUGCACCGAAUCCAAGUCGGCGACAGGUGCACCGGGCACGUCAGCCCCAGGCCAGAACGGCUGCAUCUCCAACUGCGGCACCAACAUCGUCACCGGGUCUGCACCAGCCCAGUAUAUCAGCAUCGGCUACUUCGAAGGCUACAACCUCGGGCGGCCCUGCCUGAACAUGAAGAUCACCGCCAUGGACCUCACGCCCUUCACGCACAUCCAUCUGGCAUUCGGCCACGUCUCCGCGAGCUACACCGUCGACGUCAGCCCAGUCCAAGUCCAGUGGGAGCUGUUCAAGCAGUUGUCUGGGUUCAAGAAGAUCCUCUCGCUCGGGGGCUGGAGCUUCUCCACCGAACCGGCUACGUACCACAUUUUCCGCGACGCCGUCAGACCGGGCAAUCAGGAUAGGUUUGUCGCGAACAUUGUCUCGUUUGUAGGCGAGCAUGGCCUGGACGGCAUUGACAUAGACUGGGAAUACCCUGCUGCGCCAGACAUCCCCGGCAUUCCACCAGGAACUGCCGAAGAUGCAGACAACUACCUCACCUUCUUCACCAAACUGCGAGCAGCGAUGCCUUCCAGCAAGUCGCUCUCGUUCUGCGCGCCCGCUUCGUACUGGUACCUGCGAGGCUACCACAUCCGCGAGAUGGCAGCCCUGGCCGAUUACAUCGUGUACAUGACCUACGAUCUCCACGGCCAGUGGGACUACGCGAACCAGUACGCGAUCGACGGCUGCCCAGCGGGCAACUGCCUGCGUUCGCAGACCAACAUCACCGAGACCCUCCUGGCGCUGGCGAUGAUCACCAAGGCCGGCGUGCCGUCGAGCAAGAUCGCCGUCGGCGUCACGAGCUACGGCCGCUCGUUCCAGAUGACAACCCCCGGCUGCACCGGGCCCAUGUGCACAUACACCGGCGGCGGUUCGGGCGCCUAUGCCGGCCCAUGCACGGGAACCGCGGGCUACAUCGCGAAUGCCGAGAUCAGUGCGAUCCUUGCUGGGACCGGGGCGUGGAGAGCUGCAUCGGGCGCUCUGCAGCGGAUCGGGUCGUACUCGUCGUAUUUCGACACCGACAGCCAGUCGAACGUUGCGGUGUACGAGUCCACGCAGUGGGUUGGCUAUAUGGACGACAAGGUCAAGGCAGAUCGGAAGGCGCUGUACCAGGGCCUCCGGAUGGGUGGAGUGAUCGAUUGGGCUGUUGAUUUGAAUGGCUUCGGCGGCGAUACCAUUGCGGCUGGGCCAGACGCAAACAUCGUGUAUCCUCCCCCGAGCAUCUGGAAGUCCACCGAUCGGUCGACGGGCUGUACUCCCCCCUGCAUCGUAGUCCUCCCUCCAUAUCCACUCGGUGUCACUCACACUGUUACCAGCUGGCCGGCCUUGACAACCACGCUCCUUUCUUCGCACGUAGGCGGCGGCGUCUACGUGAAGACCACGACGAUCCCGGUCCCAAGCUUCACCAUCACGGAUGUAAGCCUUCACCCGGUGACACUGCAAUCAACAGACACGGCAGACUACAAGGUUAACCCGGUCCAGAGCAUCACUCCGGCAUCGUUCGUAUGGACUCUUCCUCCAAACCACGCCACCUUCCCCGUCACUAGUCCAACACCAAUGACUUCAACAAACCCGGAUAUACCACUCCCCAUCAUCCCCCCCGUCAUCUUCUACCCGAUACCUGUCCCAGUCAUCAUCCAACCCCAGCCAACCUUCUCGGUCGCCUAUCCCAUCCCCCCAAUCCCACUAGCCCCCUUCCCCAUCAAGUCCGGUCCCAACCCCAUUCCUCCCUGCACGCAGCCCGGGUGCGGAAAGCGCGACUGCAGCAUCUUCGGGUGCGCCGGUGGCUGCGGCCUUUUCGGAUGCGCCGGCGGCUGCAGCAUCUUCGGCUGCGGCGGCGGAUGUGGUAUCCUCGGCUGCGUCCCCGACUGCCCCCUCGCAUCCUGCGGCGGCGUCGGCUGUCUCGUUGCAGGAGGCUGCGGAAACACACAGGGUUCCAACGGCGGCGAUAGCGCCAACGAGUGCGACGUCCCCGCCGCGGCAUCGGCGUGCACGUAUCUGGUAUCGAGUUACAGUGCCUGGUAUCUGGCUUCGUCGUCGACAACAACAGAGACCAACUGCGUGACAAGCACGGCAUGCAACGGACAGGACACAACAGUGACAACGACGCCCGGCAGCCCGCAGUGCUCGGUGGACCCGGAUGUCUCAAAGGCGCUGUCCGUUGAGCAGGCAGCUGACCAGACCGUUAUAGACGGGGAGCAGAUUCCCCUAGCCUUCGCGCCGACGAAUCCGGCCGGCUACGAUGGAUCAACAUUUACCAAGACACAGUUUGGUUUGACGGAGACUCUCACGGUGAUCAAGACCGUGACCGUGACGAACACGCCGACCAAGACGGUGACGGUGGUGGUGCCGCCCACCGCGCGGGCCGACUGCGGUUAUUGGGCCACCAAGUUCUUCUACAUCUUCGAAGUAUACAACAUCGACGGCUGGAGCACGGACGGCGGGUCGAGGCUGAAAUCCGAAGAGAAGGGCUGCGGCGCCCUGACGGGCUGGGACUGGGUCGAGCGCACCCCGACGCACCUCUCACGCGUCUGGUUCAACCUGCCCUUGCUCAUGAAGUCCGGCUGCGUCGAGCGCGCCAUCGUAUCCGCCGGCGGUCCCAAGCUGUCCUGUAGAUUCGAAGGCUUUGAUUUCCCCAUCAUCGGGAAGCGAUCCCCAGCCGUGGGGAUUGAUCCGCCACCACCGCCGCCGCCGCGCAGGCGCCAGCUCACCAUCACCAGUGAGACGGCCAGUCUCCCAAGCCGCCCGCCAGUCACGCAGAGCAUCACGCGCACCGAGACCGCGGCGCUGUACACGCCGCAGCCGUGGGGCCCCGGCAACACGGAGACGUUCACGACCACCAUCAAGCAAACUUCAAAAUCAACAUACACCACGGAGAUCGUCCUAGGCUCAAAUGGAGUGUCAACGUCGGGGUCCACCACAGCCUCGACCCCAUCAAGCCCCAGCCCCUCGAAUCCCUCGACGGCCGGUCUCUGUGGCGCCGCGAACGGCGCCCAAACCUGCCCCGGCGCGUCCGGGUCCUUUGGCGCCUGCUGCUCUCGAAGCGGCUACUGCGGGGACACGGCCGCGUAUUGCGGGACGGGGUGCCAGGCUGCUUUUGGUGCCUGUUCUCCGGCCACCGGGCCGCCGGUGUCUGUUGAUGGGUUGUGCAGCCAGAUGAGCGACCCGGUUGGUGCGGGGUGCGAGGGCUCCGGGUUUGGCGACUGCUGCUCUGAGUAUGGAUAUUGCGGGGCCUCGAAUGCUUAUUGUGGGAUGGGAUGCCAGGGGGCUUUUGGGUCUUGUGCGUAG